AUGGCCUUAACGGAUUCUAAUCAGCCAAAAUUGGAUAUGCACUUUGCUCUCAUUUACGCAAAGGCAAAUGACAAAUCUGGUCCUUUGAAACCAGGUGCUGAUAGUUAUCAAGACUGUGGUCGGUCCUGUGUACCAGAAAUACCACGACAUCCCGUCGAGGUUGACAUAUAUGUGAUUGAGCUUGACCGCCGUUUCCCACCAAUAGUCAAACAAGUGUCUGCCGAAGCCAUCUCAGCUGCUCAGAUAACACCCAUUGUGGCUUGUGCUUUUGCCUCUAAGGUUUCGAGGUGCUGGCAUUCGGAAACAGCCUCCGGGAUAGCUAACCUGGAAGAAGCUGAACUAGCUGGCUUAACAUCUGCUUUCUGCUCUGAGAAUACGGUGGUGAAGGCUACAGAGAAGGCGUACACUGUACAGGGUUUCAUCGUACUUGUCAUUGCUUCCUACAGAUAG